CGUUAGACCAGCCCGCGUGGCUGUGGGCUGUUUCUCUCUCGCCUUUUUAUAGCUUAACUGCAGGACUGAAGCGAGUGGCUCGUCUUUAAUCAGAGACUGGAGAGGCGGGCCGAGGUGCUGACUGUAAUGCGAUAGCGCGCCCGUCCUUAAUGCUAUUACAUCCACAUGCUGCUGCUGCCGCGCUCAGACGCGGAGACGCGCAGUGCCAAACGAGCAGCGUAGAGACGGAGCCCGGGAUCUCUAUCACAAGACUUCACUUACGGAUUCGCUUCACGGAAGAUCUGAUCCCAGCUGUAGCUUUCUGGCAGUUUUUAAGUGUGAGACCGAGCAUUUGGUAGUGGAUUGUGAGGGAAGACGCUUCAUGUCAGUUGGAUUUUGAAGACGAGCGCAAGCCGCGCGUACUCACUCCGCGCUGCUGUAGCUGAGGAAAUCAAGGCAGUGGUAACGCGCACAGGCGGUUAUCAAAAAUAUACUUUCUGUGUGAACUUUUGUGCAUGAAUAGAAAGUUGUUUCGUUUUAUUUAAGUUUUUUUGUUUUGUUUCCGUGGUUGUUGCUUUUGUUUAGGAUUUGAAAGACAAUGUUUCGGAGAUGUUAAGCAACCAAGUCUGGGUUGAAAUUACACAUUUUGAAGCGUGUCGAGAAAACAAGACAUUGUGAUCAGACUCGAGUCUCAGUGGAUACAUUUGUGGACAAAAUCAUUUUUAAACAACAUCUGAGGAACUUGAAGUCCUCAGUAUUUUGCCUUCACACGCUGGGUGACAUUCACCCUGAAAAGAUGGAUUUAUUCACACAGCUCUGUGGAUCUUUAAUUUUCGUAUGUUUAUCAGCAGUUGUUUAUGGAGCAGACGAGCCAUGUGGUGGUCAAUUGGAUGCCAGUGACGCCGGCUAUAUCACUACGCCCGGUUACCCUUUGGAGUAUCCACCUCAUCAGAACUGUAGAUGGAUCAUCACAGCCCCUGAGCCGUCUCAGCGUAUCGUCCUAAACUUUAACCCUCACUUUGAACUGGAAAAACUCGACUGCAGGUACGACUUCAUCGAGAUCCGGGAUGGAAACUCCGAGAACGCAGAUCUGUUGGGGAGACACUGCAGCAAUAUCGCCCCCCCUGCGAUCAUCUCCUCAGGCCCUGUUUUGCACAUCAAAUUUGUCUCCGACUACGCCCACCAGGGGGCGGGCUUCUCGCUGCGCUAUGAAAUCUAUAAGACAGGCUCUGACUGUUCCAGGAACUUCACCAGUCCGUCGGGUGUGAUAGAGUCGCCUGGUUUUCCUGACAAAUAUCCGCACAAUCUGGAAUGCACCUUCAUUAUUAUCGUUCCACCUCACAUGGACGUCGCUCUCACCUUUCUGACCUUCGACCUGGAAAACGACCCUCUGCAGGGCUCGGAGACCGAGUGCAAGUACGAUUGGCUGGAGGUGUGGGACGGCCUGCCGCAGGUGGGACCUCUGAUUGGACGCCAUUGUGGUACCAAAAUCCCCUCUGAAAUACGGUCGUCAACAGGUAUCCUGUCUCUGUCCUUCCAUACGGACAUGGCCGUAGCCAAAGAUGGCUUCUCCGCCCGCUACAACAUGACAGCGAAGGAGGUCAAUGACAACUUCCACUGCAGUAAUCCUCUUGGCAUGGAGUCAGGCCAGAUCAGUGAAGACCAGAUCUCUGCAUCAUCCAGCUUUUAUGAUGGCCACUGGUCUCCAAAACAGGCUCGACUUAACUACCAGGACAACGCCUGGACGCCCAAUGAGGACAGCAACAAAGAAUACAUACAGGUGGACCUGCAUUUCCUGAAGGUCUUAACGGGCAUUGCCACUCAGGGGGCGGUCUCCAAAGAGACACAUAAGUCUUACUUUGUCACCACCUUUAAGCUGGAGGUCAGCACCAACGGAGAGGACUGGAUGAUCUACCGCUAUGGCAAGAACCACAAGGUUUUUCAUGCUAAUGCAGACCCCUCAGAGGUGGUCCUGAACCGGAUCCCUCAGCCUGUCUUAGCUCGGUUUGUCCGCAUUCGACCGCAGACGUGGAAGAAUGGAAUCGCUUUGCGCUUCGAACUUUAUGGCUGUCAAAUCACGGAUGCGCCUUGCUCGGAGAUGCAGGGAAUGCUCUCCGGUCUCCUGCCGGAUUCCCAGAUCUCCGCUUCAUCCAUGAGGGACAUCCACGGGGCCACAGGUGCAGCCCGGCUGGUGGCCAGUCGUUCCGGGUGGUUCCCCAGCCCCGCGCAGCCCGUGGCCGGAGAGGAGUGGCUGCAGGUGGACUUGACGGUCCCCAAAACCGUACGGGGUAUCAUUACGCAAGGGGCCCGUGGGGUGGAUGGCAGCUCGAGCGCAGAGAACCGGGCCUUUGUGCGGAAGUAUAAACUGUCUCAUAGCUUGAACGGAAAGGACUGGAGCUACAUCAUCGAUCCUAAGACCAAUCUGCCAAAGAUUUUUGAGGGAAACACGCACUAUGACACCCCAGAGAUCCGUCGCUUCGAUGAGAUCGUGGCCCAGUAUAUAAGGGUCUAUCCGGAGAGAUGGUCCCCUGCUGGUAUUGGAAUGAGACUGGAAGUUCUGGGUUGUGACUUGCCAGAGACUACAACCAUUCCAGACACUCCCACGCCCACUCUGCCAAUUCCGGAGGAGACAAGUACCGCCCACAAAAUGCCAGCUCCCACAACUUUCUCAUCUCUGGGUGGCCUGUGUGACUUUGAACAGAGCAUGUGUGGAUGGACCCAUGACCCCAUGUCUGAUCUGAAGUGGUCUCUGUACAGUUCCUCUAGUCCUAGUCUGGACCUGACACUGGGAUCUGACAAUUCUGGAAACUUUCUGUACGUGGAGGCGGGUCUAAAGUCAGAGCCGCACCGUGCACGGUUAUUGAGUCCGGCGGUGGGACCCGAGCGUCGUCCAGUGUGUUUGCUCUUCUAUUACCAACUGCGGGGAGAAGGUCAGGACAGCCUGCGAGUGCUGCUCCGUGACGAUGAACAGGAAGAGACCCUGCUCUGGGCGCUGAAAGGAGACCAGGGGCCCAUGUGGAGAGAGGGCCGCACCAUCCUGCCCCAAUCCCCUAAAGAAUAUCAGGUCGUCAUUGAAGGAUUGUUUGAACGUGGCAGUCAAGGGCACAUCUGGGUCGACAACAUCCAUAUGAGCACCAGCAUAGAGCUCGAGCAGUGUACACAACCCUUCGCAGCUUUCCCUCCUGAAAUGACUGGGGAAGCCUUACCUGGCUGGAGUGACCCUACUGUUGACACCACUGUGUCCCUGCAGCCCAUGCCCACCUACUGGUAUUACGUAAUAGCCGGAGGUGGCGCCCUUUUCCUCCUGGGCUGCGUCACGUUGGUCAUGGUGCUGUGUUGCCAUCGCUACCACCUGGCGGCCAAGAAGAGCCAGCACUCUGUAUCCUACCAGAGCACGUACACGGGACAGUACGUGGGGAACGGCCCCGGGGCCCUCGCUGGAUCCGGGGUGGAGCCCAUGUUAACUAUUCGGUUAGAGAAAGAGGAGCCCUGUUCUCAGUGCUGAACAAACGCUGAUGUACCGCUGUUAUAUCAAAUAAAUAACCAGACACAAGUUGUGCACCUUAAAGACUUGAAUUGUGUUUCUGGUGACGAAGAUGCCAAACCGACGGAAGUACCAGACGUAUAUAAGUUGUCAACUUCUGGGUUUCUCUUUGAUUCUUUUGUGGAGAUUUAGGGCUGUGAGAAAGAAGAUGUGCCAUGCAAUGGGACAUCCAGACAAAAUCCUGACUGACAGGCACUCUGCACCUACUUUCCUCCAGCUCUGUGGAAAGAAAAGCAGGAUGGGAACCUUACUGUGCAAAGCUCUAAUCUCCUGUUCAGGGCCAAUCCUAUUGUACAGUCAAGAGAACUCAGGAGCAUUGCCAAAUUUUGAGGAAAGCUUGAGAGAUUGAGAGAGAGGAAACUUGCAUGUGUACUUCAUCUGAUGUGCACACAUAAAGACUUAAGGCUCGAGGAACUGACGUGUGACAGGAAUAUUCAAAGAGACGAAGCAUGAGUGUCAAAAAAUUGUCACAAAUCCGCUGUUAUUCACAUAAUACUGUAUGUGUGGAAAGAUAGUCUCCAUUAUGUAAAACACGUAAUAUACUGCGAAGUGCUCUCCUAUGAGGACAGGUCUUUUUAUCUUUCUUUCAGAGCUUUAGAACAGUAAGGGACCUUUAGAGAAAUGGAUUUGGUCUUUAUUCUUCAGGCGGAUGUCUGAACGACCUGUUUGAUCUCCUCCUCGCCAUUAAAUGAAACGAAGGAAGCUUCUUAAAAGCAUUUCGAACGCUGUUCUCCUUUUCUGAGAAUGCAUUUGAUUAUCUGUCAAUAUGUGUCUAUAUAUAAACUCUACUUUUUUGAAAGUCAGCGGGAGAUUUGGCUACAGUAUGUUUUUAUGCAAAGGUCACAUGACCCUGCCUUAGCCAGCCUACUCUUCUGAUGGCUGACUAACCUACACAACACUGGCCUUAAGACGCUUCAGUGGCAUUGGGCUGAUUUGAGCCGAUUACUGUUCAUGUUUAUUAUUUAAUCUUUUCAUAUUCAACUCAAAUGAAUUCAGAUUUGGAUUGAUAGAUCGGCACAGGGCCUUAACCACAAUAGACACUAAGGGGGACACGUCCCACUCCCCAAUUAUCAAAAAUAGCCAAUUUUUAUAUACAUACCUAUAGUCCUGAAUGUUUUGCCCCCCACCCCCAAUGUUUAAGUGUGGUUACGGCCUUGCAAUGUGAUAAAGUCAGCUUUAUUUUUAUAGUUACAUAAAAUAUUAAGCAGUGUGUGUAUUUGUGUGCUGUCCCCCCUGAGAUUUUGAAUACACACAUACAGUCUUGUUAAAGAGAGAGGAAAGCUUUGUUAAUGUGCCAAAUGUCAUACGGUGCUAAAGCACUUGGCUCGCUGAUUUUGCUGCAGGGAUGGAGUUGAGUCGGCACAUUGGCCCUAUACCUCCACACUUAACAUUUAUAGCUACAGCCCAUUUCUCCGUCCACUUGAUAUAAAGUCACGUACAGGUGCUGAUGUCUUACUGAAUUCAUAACCAACACAACUUUAUUUUAUAUUAGGUGCUUUUUGAUGUUUUACUGAUAGGAACCUUUAUAAAGCGACAAGGGGUAACCACAGAGUAUUUGGACACUUAAGUCACACUUAAAAAUCUAUCAAAAUAUUUUUUUUUAAUAUAGCACAAACAUGCUACCAUUUAAUGCCGAAAAUUGAUUUAAGUGUCGAAAAGUGUCCGAAUACUUUUGGUUGUAACUUUUUGUGCACUGGUCACUAAUGAAUCUGUAGAUGAAUGAAUUCUUGCAAAACUUUAAUUUGCGUUUUAUUUGCAUUAUAUGCAUAUGACAAUCUUGCUGCAUAUUUUUCUUUUUUUUUGUAAUGUACGAAAACAUAUUAUAUUUGCAGGACUAUUCUUCAGUGUACUUCAAAAUAGUUUUCAUCUUUCAUGUGCUGCUUGAAACGCAGUAAUUUACCUUUGAAUUGCAAAACAUGCCGUGGUCUGAGAUGUUUUGUCUGGGUACGUAUUGUUCAAUGUUGUCCUCUUUACUUAACGAACACACAAAAUAGGCACCAUAAGAACACGGAAUGACGAAAUAUAUUUUCCUUUUACACACAAGGAGGCUUUGUCCAUUACCAAAAGCAUCUGUCAGAUUUUGGCUUCAUCUAAAGCGACAGAGAUGAAAGAAGAAGAAAGUAAAUCCCGAUAUCUUGUUUUGUUCUCCAUCUGGCAAUAGGUGAAAAUAAUCCCCCAUCAUGGACAUCCCGGUCCUUUCUCCCCCGUUUAUCUGCUCUUCACGAAAGAAUGUGAAGGCGAGAUCAAAGAAAAGCCUGCUCCAAAUAUAAACCUUCUCUGCUAGAUCUAGGGUCUGAAGGGUUUGUUUGAAUUACAAAAGCACAUGAAAGAUCUCAGCAGACAGCUAGAGAGACACCUGACCUGGUAGGCCCAUCAUGCCGCAUUGUCUCCACUCGUCCCACCUAAUCCUCUAUACAGGAAAGUGUGUUCAGGAAUCACGACAUUAAAUAUUCUGAAAGAUUGCGGUUUUGAAGGAUCGAGUCACGUCGCUUAUUUCUCCCUCAUGUUUAAGGUAAAAUUUAAGAAUAUGCUACAGAUUUCUAUGAGUUUCUGUGGCAUACAGCUGAAUGUAUAUCAACGCUAGUGUCUGAAUUGUCUUGUCUUGUCUUGACCGAUUAUCCUCGCACACUUGUUGUGGUUCAUCUUGAGCAAGAUGUAUCCUGGUUGUUCAUUAUGCCUGUAUGAUUAUUAAUAUAUUUAACUUAGACUAAGUGAUCAGGAUCCUGUGCUUUAUUUUUUAGUGGGAAUGAAUGAUUUAACCCGGGACAUUGUUUUGUCAUUCAUCAGUGUUUUCAAUUUACUUUUUAGGCUGAGUUGCUAAAAAAUCAAUGUGUCAGCUGAUUAUAAUAUAUUUUUAAAUCGACUGAUAUUUCUAAUUAGGUAAUGCACCAAAUUACAUUUUCUGAAGUCUGUCGUAAGCACUUUUCUGUUGCCGUCCCUCAAAAAAUAUGAAUUAGCAGAAGCACUCUGGCCAAGAUGAUGUCCAAGAGCCCGGCUCUGGUAGUAUCUGCACAAACUGCAUUUGCUUUCACCGCAUUAAGAGAAUAAGAAAAGGCACGUCUGGAUGCCUCUGGUUGUAUAUUGUACAAGUUUCAGAAAUGUCAUGAUUGGUCACAUUUUUGAUGUUCAUUAUGUUGACAUUAUGCUUCAUUUGCAUCUGUAUGACUUCUGAUGAAUUUAUGGUCGUGUGCACUUUUUAGCUUUUGUGAAUUCAGGGCUUUGACCCGAACCAUGAAUAUUAGCUCCUGUUUCAUUUACAAUGCAGCUGAAUGUUUUAAUAGAUACAGUAUGAGAUAUAUUUUAGCCUGAAUUUCAUGGUCUUGGAAAUGUUGUAUGGAAUGUUACAAUAAAGUGAUAUUUUUCUACAAACUGCAGUGAGUUUUUUAAAUGAUUUAAUAUUGUCGCUUGCAUUCACACUUUUAAAUCUACAGCUAUUUGUAUGCAAAUCAAAUGGUGUGAUUUCUCUUAACCGUUUUGCAAGUCACACUUUGUACAUUGAUAUUGUUUUUUGAACAAAAAUGCAUAUAAAAAACCUGUUUAAUGUACU